AUGGAUCACUCCAGCAGCAGGUCUGCUAGAACCGACUCGAUAGCGACGAGCUCGUCCAACGUCUUCAUUUCUCCCUCGUCCGGUCUUUCCCGGAUGCAAUGUUUACGUACUGACGUCGAGCACAUGCAGAUUAGGCAUAACCCACUCGAUCUUACCUUUGGUAUAGAGUUUGAAUGCCUCUUGGCUAUCAGCAAAGCAUCUUCAGGAGAACAUGCUAUCAGUCAAGCGACCUCCAAUAUAUAUGCUGGUAGCGAGGCACCCUUAGGAGGGUAUGCUGUCAGCGAAGCAUCCUCAGAAGAGUAUUCUAUGAGCAAAGCCACCACGGGAACAUAUGUUCUGCCGCAUCUAUUCGGCCGAGAGAAGAUUACACGUGUGCUGAUGGAACCAAUCGAAGCGAUCUGCUCAACCUGUGGCGAGCACCACCUUUUUGGCCUAGACAUUUUGCCCUGGACAUCAGAUCGUCGGGACAUAGAACAUACUCAUAGCAAAUGGAACAUAGGAGGAGAUGCUACGAUCGAUUUGACUGCUGAACAGCAGAAGAGCCUGGGUCCCGAGUAUCUAGAUCAGUUCUAUUUCUCGGGUGUCGAGUUCAAGACCAGAAUCCUGAGUGCUAACAUCCAAAAGGAGACUACGCCAAGCACGACAGACCGCGGCCAUGUCCACAGCAUCACAGGUGCCGAGGAGGUCAGAGCAGUCCUUCAACACUUGACACGCCGCUUCAACGAUAUCGAAUUCAAAGACGAGCUCUCACGCCAUUCACGAAUAUUCACCACUUCGAGGUGUGGCUUACACGUCCAUAUUGGCAACACACGCAACCGCUUCCCUCUACAGACUCUGAAGAACAUCAUGUCGCUGUAUGCUGCUUGUGAGGCUGGUAUCGAUAGUAUACAGACUGUUGAUCGUAUCGGCUUGUCCACGAUGCCGAACAAGCCACAGAGUCAUCCUCACGAAAAUCCGCGCGACAACAGCGCUCUUGGCCAAUACGAUAACGCCUACAAUAUGCCCCUAAGCUCUCUGCACGCCGAGCAGGUCUAUAGACGUCGAUGCACGUACUGCAAGAAUCAGAUCAAGGGUCGGUUCCGGAGUCACCAGCGGCCAUAUCGCGAGACUCACUGGGAGGAUCCUAUUAUUGCUCAGGCAGCGAACCAAUAUACGUCAGCUGCUAACGUAGCUCUGAUACAGAGAGCACCCUCACUGGGUCAGCUGUUCCAACUACAAGUCAAUGUUGAAAACUUGAUGGAGUAUCAGGACGAUCGGACUAACACCAUCGAAUUCCGGCAGCAUGCCGCUACACUUGAUCACGAGGUCGUGCUCGCUUGGCUAGAUCUCUUACUGAAGCUCGUGCAAUUCUCUAACAUCGUCAGUGAUGCUGAGUUUGCUACCCUGUACAAGGCGAAAUUCCAGGACAUCAACUGGGACGUCCAUCCUCUCCUUGCGGUGCUACAUUGUGAGGAGAAGACAAUCAAGCACUAUGCCCACCAGCAGGCUCAGGUCCCUGAAGGUAGGACGUAUGCUAUUGAAAAAGCAGAAGAGGAGAUGAAACGGGUCCAUGCCUUCGGUGAGGAUGAUCUAUCCAAACUACUGAUGACCAGAAUGGUAGCAGAUGACACCUACAACAACGACGAGAAAGCAAAGACCGAGAGAAUACAAUUGAAGAUAACGAGGGGAGGCUACGGCCAGCUCUCGGAUGAAUUGAUUGAGAAGAUCUUCGGUAGCUGCACCGAGCCCUUCGUUGAGAGACUGCGAGUCGGUUAUGUGAGUGAUGAGCCUCCGGGGAUGAAGAGUGCUGAUUUGGAUCCAAACGGGUGUCAGCACCAUAGUCCAACUUCGUCGUUUUGGACGUCUUCUGAUGAGAGCGACCGUUACUAG